GUAAAGCAGAGUUGGCAGCACUGUUGGGAAAACGAGAAGGUAAAUAAAUAUUUGGCAAUAACAAAAGUUUAAACAAUUUGGGUGGCGUGUCGCCGGCUGAGAACAUGCACGAAGAUGACCUGAAGAGUCAAUUGACCAUCGCGCGGAACGAGAUCAACAAUUUGAGGCAGCAAGUGCGCAACCUGCAACAUGUGCAGCGCAAGGACAUCGAAACGAUAAACCGCCUGCUGCAGGACUUCCGCUGCGAGGGAUGUGCGAGCAAGAACACGGGCGUCAAGGACAAGGCCGCCGGUGAAAAGGAGACACAGGAGCUGCAGCGGGAACGGGCGCAGGAGCACGAACAAGGUCACAGCCAGGGCCAGGUGCGUUUGACCCUUCCACACACACACACACACACCCUCUCAACCAAUCCUCUAUCGCAGAGCAACGGAGAGGACUUCGCCCAUUUUCGCCCUAUCGGAGUGAUACGGACGGCCUUCCCGGAGAAGCGAGCUGUCCCCAGGCAAUCGAUUGUGGGCAGCCGGCUAAGAGGCAUCAUUCAGCUAAACGACGGCGUGUUCACCAAUCCGGAGCACUCGCUGGAGGGACUGGGCGACUUCUCGCAUCUGUGGCUCAUCUAUCACUUCCACCGCAACAACGCGCACCCGAAGGCCAAGGUGGCGCCGCCGCGUCUCGGUGGUGAGCGCGUGGGGGUGUUCUCCACCCGUUCGCCGCACCGCCCGUGUCCCAUUGGUUUAUCUUUGGUGGAAAUCGAGAAGAUCGAGAAUGCCACCAUCAGCUUCUUUGGUACGGACAUGGUGGAUGGGACGCCCGUGUUGGACAUUAAGCCCUACAUUCCGUACUACGAUGCGCCAUCCCUGAGCGUAGACUCAGGUCGCUCUUCAGCUGGACCGCAUGAGAAUAGCCUCGACUUUUACGACUCCCGGCAGGAGCCCGAUGGCGAGGAGUCUGACUUGGAGCUGUAUGGCGCCGCUGGUUUCUCGGGCAACUCUGGAAUCGGAGCGGAUGCAGUGCUGCCGCCGCCAAGCGCUGUGCGUGUGCCCAACUGGGUGGUGGCCAGCCAUCGGCUGAGCGUCACCUUCAACGAGCAUGCCGAGGCCCAGCUAAUGGAGCUGCAGGUGGAGAAACAGUGUAUCGUGGACAUAUUGGAGGCGGAUCCGCGCUCCGUUUACUUGCGCACAAAAUACGGCUCGCAGAUAUUCACCUUCCAGCUAAGGGAGGUCACGGUGACGUGCAAAUUCGACGACAAGGCUGGCUCUGUGACUGUGGUCCAGGUUCGGCGGAAUGAGAACGUGCAGGUCACUGCCUUGGACGGCGAUCCGCGCACCGCUUAACUUACAAAUAAUUGCAAUUGAUAUUUGUUCUUUGACAACUUGUGUUUAGCUUUUAAGUGUAUCGUGUUGAGGAGCUUUAACCUUUGGCGUUUCGAUUCAGGACAUUCUGAAAUAUACAUAUGUUUGAGGCUUGUUUCCCACGCAAA